AUGAAUUUUCAAAAUUACCAUAAAUAUUAGACUAUAAUUCUUAAUGUAGAGCUCAAAUUUCAAAAUGUACAGUUUAGAUUGGAGGAGGAUGUGUUGAAGAAAGAAAUAAUUGUUAUGAUUAUGAUGAUUAAAUAAACUGCAUCUAUAAUAAAAAAAAUAAUCAAAUUUGUUUUUGGGUAGAUGGAAAAUGCUUAGAUAAAAUAGCUUCAUAGAAUUUAAAAACUGAUUAAGAAUGCCAAGAUUUCCUUUCAUCUUGUACAAUAAAAUAUGAGGAUGGAUGCAUUGAUAGAUUAUUAUCUUGAAAAAAUUAAAUAAAGGAUGCUUGUAAAAAAGAUACUAUUGGCAAUGAUAGUUUUUGCACAGGAAAAUAAUGCGUUUGACAAAAUAUGUGAGAAUGCCUUGAAUACUUAUACAACAAAUAAAAAAAGUCAAGAAUAUUUGGGUACUUUAUAACAAAUGGAAAAGGUUAUGUAUUGAAUAAAAAGUGUGGAGCAGCCAUAAUAUAAGAAGCUUGCAAUAAAAAUAUAUAUGGAACCCUAAGUCAUUGGAAUAGAUAUGAUUCUGUACCCAAGACAUGUAAAAAUGCAGGUUCAUCAAAUAUUGGGCGCGAUUAAUGUACAUAGUAUAUGGAUACACGUACUAAGUCUCCAGAUGAAACUACAGGGUGUAAACAUAGAACUUGUGAUAAUGCUUCAUUGUCAUUUAAUACAUAUACUUAAUGUUUGAAUUAAUUAUAAAAUGGAAAUUGUGUACCAAAAUUUGAAGGUGGUUGUAGAAUUGAAACGAAAUGCGAGGAUAAUAUGUUAAAAGAAAGUUACUUAAGGGAUAUCAAUGAUUAAGUUAUUUUUGGUGGAAUGGCAAAUUAUAAUUGA